AUGACUAGUGCAACCACCUCCGCUGCAACAACUGCUGCUCCAACUGCAGCUGUGACCACCACCACUCUGGCAGAUGUCACCACGACCCCUCCAGCAGUGGCCAAAACCACCACCACCGCUGUUCCGGCAGCAGCCACCACCACCGCUGUUCCGGCAGCAGCCACCACCACUGUUGCACCAACUGGCCCUCCAUCUUCUAGUGAAGGAACCCUGCUUCUCCGGUUCAGUCUCAAUCAAAUGUUCACCGUGGAUCUUGCCAACCCGUCCUCUUCAGCAUUCAAGACUCUGGCUGGCAAAGUGGUCUUGGAGGUGAACAAGAUUUUUGCUAGAACCCCAAGCUUCCUUCGUUCCAUUGUCAACUCAUUCAAGAAUGGAUCUGUAGUUACCAACAUGACUCUCGUGUUCAAAAACAAAUCUUCGGUUCCAAGCGCAUGCAGCGCACAUGCAACUUUCACCAUCAGUCCCACCUCCCUGAACAUCCUACCGGGCAGCGUCAAUGUUGAGUCAUCAGUCAAUUCAGGAAGUGCUCCAAGACCCACUGCCUUCUGUCUGGCUUUCCUGCCUCUCACAUUGGCACUGCUAAUGGUACACUUGCUGGCUAACUAA